AAGAAUUCAAGAAAGCGUUCUAGGUUAAGCGGCCCUCGUUUAACUGUUUAAAUUAGACAAACUGUAGAAAAUGAGCAAGCGAAAGAAUGCAACAAGUGAUAAUCCCAACAAAGAUUUUUGUGACUUUUUAAUGGAAUUGGCAAAUUAUGAGAAAAAUGUCAACAGACAAAUGCACAAAUAUAACGCUUACAGAAAGGCGGUAGGUGUCCUCGCUAAACACCCAACACGCAUCAAAAGUGGAGCCGAGGCUAAAAAGCUGGAUGGAAUUGGUGAAAAGAUUGCAAAGAAAAUAGAAGAGUUUAUAGAUACUGGCUCUUUAGUGAAAUUAGAAAAGAUAAGGGCAGAUGACACAAAUGUAGCUAUAAAUGAACUAACCAAAGUCACAGGAAUAGGACCUGCAGCAGCUCAAAAGUUGGUCCAGGAAGGAAUUACAACAAUAGAGGAGUUGAGAAAACAUCCAGAAAAAUUGAAUCAUCACCAGCAAAUUGGGUUGAAACAUUUUGAAGACUUUGAGAAGAGAAUUCCCCGAACUGAGGUGGAGCAGAUACAGGACACUGCCUUUAAUGAGAUCAGGAAAUUAGAUGAUAAAUUUGAAGCCAGAGUUUGUGGCAGCUUCAGAAGAGGUGCUGAGUCCAGUGGGGACAUAGAUAUUCUACUAACACACCCAGACUACACAUCUAAAACCAAGGGAAAGCCAGAUUUGCUUCAUCAGGUUGUGAAGAGACUGGAAAAAAUUGGACUAAUCACUGACACCUUGUCUCAUGGUGACUUCAAGUAUAUGGGAGUUUGCCGAGUGUUAGAUUCUGGUUCCAGUCCUAGUUCUUCCAAACAGAAGCCAUUCAGGAGAAUUGAUAUCAGGUUGAUUCCCCAUGACCAGUACUACUGCGCAUUGCUGUACUUCACUGGAAGUGACAUCUUCAAUAAAAAUAUGAGGGCUCAUGCCUUGGAAGUGGGAUUCACAUUAAACGAGUACACCUUAAGACCUCUUGGCAGCACAGGGACACCAGGAGAACCCUUGCCAGUAACCUCAGAGGAGGACAUUUUUGACUACCUAGGAAUGGAGUACAAGAACCCCUCACAGAGGAUUUCCUAGUCCAUUUAAUCAGUCAUCAUAUCAACCACUGCAUCAUUGAAGCCAAUUUUUCAAUUAAAUUACUGCCUUGUAAAACAGUUUUACCUUGGUUAAUGAAUUUGUCUAUUCAGGUUUUAAAAUGUUGUGUGUUGUAGAAGAGUUAUGAAUUUCUUUAUUUGUUCAUCUGUAAUCAUUAGUGUAUUUGUUGAAUUGUAAGUUCAUGUAUUAUAAGUUUCUUUUAUAUAUAUUAGUCACUGCUUGUUUAAAUUGGAUGUCAUGAGCGUUGUAUUUUUCCAUUGUUUGUUUGUAAUAUCUUCUACCUUGUUUGAUGUGUCUGAGACAAGAAUUCCUCCUGAAUUCUGAUUAAUUUACGUCCAUAGUUUAAUCUGGCAGCUAUGAAAUUAUUCAUUAUUUAUUUUAUUGCAUAACAGUAUCAUCCCAUUUAAGAUUUAUUGUAUGUACAUCUGGUGCAAUUUUCGAAUUUGAAAGUUAAACCUCAGUAAUACAAUUCAUUUUAUUGAAAGUUUAAGGGCCAUCAUACUAUGUCAAGUUUUAGAAGGAAAUCGUAGUAUCCCUUCACCAACAGAUUACUUUGAUUAGUUAACUGUCAUAGUGCAUCAGUGUUAGUUACCCCAAGACUUUAAUUGGUAUUUACCCCGCUGUAUUUUCAAUCGUUUUAUCUUAAAAAUUGAAAUAUUGGCUUUAUUAUAAAAUGUCCCAGCUUCCAUAUCGCAACUACCAUCAUGUGCUCUUCUUUUGUAAAUUAAAUCUGCCAAGUAAAUUUGAUACAUACAUUGUAAUAAUUUUUAAUGUAGAAAUAAAGAGUUCUAUAAUAAGCAACAAA